AUGCCAUUGCUUAUCUUAACUCUAACAACCAUCAGCCUUCCCUGUAAAGAUCCAUGUCCUACAUUAUCUCUCAAAUCCCCCACAUAUCUGGGGUUUUCAUCAAAAACAAAGCAGAAAAAAACCUUAAAAAAUACCUGCAUUUGCCGCUUUUGCAAAAACCAAGAAAGUUCUAUCUCUCUUCUUGUUAAUUCCGCAUCUGGGUUUCGCCGUUUGAAGGAAAUGGUGAUGGAUUUUGAUAAUUAUAUUGUUGGGACGUUUUUGGUUUCUCUUUUUGGCUUUGUUUUUUUUUUCAUUUUGCGGCGUAAUAACAAUAAGAAGAAGAAAGCCAAGAAAGAUUCUAGGGAAUUUAAGAACCAAACCGACUCUGUUAACGGCACCGACAUAGGAGAAUGCUCGCCGGAAUAUGGUUCCGGUGAAGACGUCAUUAUUGUCGGUGCCGGCGUUGCUGGUGCUGCUCUUGCACGUACUCUUGGCAAGGAUGGAAGGCGUGUUCAUGUGAUAGAAAGAGACCUGACAGAACCCGACAGAAUUGUUGGGGAAAUGCUGCAGCCAGGAGGAUACCUUAAAUUAGUUGAAUUGGGCCUUGAAGAUUGCGUGGAGGAAAUUGAUGCCCAGCGAGUGCUUGGGUAUGCUCUCUUCAAGGAUGGGAGAAAUACUAGGGUGUCAUAUCCCUUGGAGAAACUUCAUGCUGAUGUUGCUGGGAGGAGCUUCCAUAACGGGCGUUUCAUACAGAGGAUAAGAGAAAAAGCUGCUACUCUUCCCAAUGUACGGCUAGAGCAAGGAACAGUAACAUCUCUGCUUGAAGAAAAUGGGACAGUUAGAGGGGUGCAAUGCAAAACUAAGGAUGGUCAAGAACUAAGAGCUUUUGCUCCUCUUACUAUUGUAUGUGAUGGUUGCUUUUCAAACCUACGUCGCUCUCUUUGCAACCCGAAGGUGGAUGUGCCCUCUUGCUUUGUGGGUUUGGUCUUAGAGAACUGUGAACUCCCAUUUUCAAAUCAUGGGCAUGUUAUCCUAGCAGAUCCUUCACCCAUUUUGUUUUAUCCGAUCAGUAGCACAGAGAUUCGCUGCUUGGUCGAUGUACCUGGGCAGAAAGUACCUUCCAUUGCUAAUGGUGAAAUGGAAAAUUAUUUGAAGACUGUGGUGGCACCACAGGUUCCACCUCAGCUUCAUGAUGCCUUCAUAGCUGCUGUUGACAAAGGUAACAUUCGAACCAUGCCAAAUAGAAGCAUGCCAGCCGAUCCUCAUCCAACUCCUGGAGCACUUUUAAUGGGUGAUGCUUUCAACAUGCGCCAUCCUUUAACGGGUGGAGGAAUGACUGUGGCAUUGUCUGAUAUUGUUGUACUUCGGGAUCUUCUUAGGCCUCUGCGUGACCUUCAUGAUGCAGCUUCCCUGACCAAGUAUCUUGAAUCAUUUUACACGUUACGCAAGCCUGUAGCGUCUACAAUAAAUACUCUGGCUGGUGCCCUUUAUAAGGUGUUUUCUGCUUCCCCUGAUCAAGCAAGGAAUGAAAUGCGCCAAGCCUGUUUUGACUAUUUAAGCCUUGGGGGUGUUUUUUCAACAGGACCAGUGGCUUUACUCUCUGGUCUAAACCCUCGCCCAUUAAGUCUAGUUCUUCAUUUCUUUGCUGUGGCAAUAUAUGGCGUUGGUCGCCUGCUCCUACCAUUUCCCUCACUUCAACGCUUGUGGAUUGGAGCUAGGUUAAUUUCGAAUGCAUCAGGUAUUAUUUUCCCCAUAAUCAAGGCAGAGGGAGUGAGGCAGAUGUUUUUCCCUACCACAGUUCCAGCACUAUAUAGAGCUCCUCCCGUUGAGUGAUAUGUCCCAUGAUGCUAGCUUCAGCUUUGCUGUACCCAAGAUUUAGCUUGAACUACCUCCUUUCUGCUCAGACGGUGACUGAUAGUGCAUUUUAUAUUUCACGUAUGCCGAGGACAUUGUACGACUGUGCU